UGUCCAAUAUAUAUUUUCUCCCCUUUUCUUCCUUGUCCUUCUUAUAAACCCCCUCACUGCCAUUCUUCCCAGUCACCCCCCCAACCCAACCCCAAUCUAGAAAAUCCAAUUCACAGCUCAAUUUCUUCAGUCUAAAGAAGAAAAUUAUGCCCUCAGAUCUCACUCUCUUCCCCUAACAAGCAACACCCAAUUGCCAAACAAAAUCAAGCUAAGAGUUCCAUCCAAUGGCUACCUUACAGAAAUUCAAGCUCCUGGCGACUCAGUGCUCCGUAGCGGCUGCAAGCCCGUCGCGGAGCCCAGCCAUACAGCUCCGCCGCCGCAAGACCCUCCGCAUGCUCCUCUACCGCAACGAUCACCGUGGAGGGUUCUUUUCCCGAGACGACUUGCCGGAGCUCCGAGUGGAUCCCAAUCGUACGCUGCAGGAAAAGAAGAAAAAGAAGGAGAAGAAGAAGAAGAAGAACGAGGAGGUUCGGAUCCGGCACAAGCUGAAGGACCUGUUCGUGUCCUCGCCACCGCUUGAGGAUAGGGUUUCGGAUAAGAGAUUCGAAAAAGAAGAAGCAGAAGAACGAGCAGUCGGGUUGUUACUGGCAAGCGGGAGUAGUGAUGGUGGAAGCCCCGCUCCUCGUCGUGGGGGAAACGGAGGAGCCGGUUCUUUUACGACGACGUUCCGGUAUAGAUUGCUCAGAAGAGCUUGGCGACCCGUACUCGUCUCGAUCGCAGAGUAGCAGCAGAAAGCAACGAAAUGUACGGAUUUUUUUCCGUUAAUUUCCUUCCUUUUAUUUUUAUUUUUUUGUCUUUUUUGGAAAAAUCUGUGUAUAUUUUGUUGGUUUGCUAACGAGCACGGCCAUCUGCUAUCUUGAGCGUCUGAUGGAGGCGUAAAGUCCUGAACCUAUUCCGCUAGAAAAUGGAGCAGGAACGUGGGAGGUGGCCUGGACAGGACAGGCGCCUCUUACAGUAAAAGUUUUAGGAAAAAAAUGAAAAAUCUGGAAAUCAUGGGUCUUAAAAGUGGUUCUGUUUUGGUGUUGGGAACUUGGGGGUGGCCGUGUGGGGUUGGGUUUAUGAGGGUGGUGGCCAUGGAUGAUGAUGACAAGGUCAAGACAAAGGACACCAUGAGGGAGGUGGCCUGGACAGGAUAGGCGCCUCUUACAGUAAAAGUUUUAGGAAAAAAAUGAAAAAUCUGGGAAAUCAUUGGUCUUAAAAGUGGUUCUGUUUUGUUGUUAGGGAUGGCCGUGUGGGGUUGGGUUUAUGAGGGUGGUGGCCAUGGAUGAUGAUGACAAGGUCAAGACAAAGGACACCAUGAACAAAUUAAUUAGUUCUUAAUAAAAUCUGAAAAGCUGCAUGCUAGCUUCUCCAAACUCCAAUAUUGCAACUUAAUUAGCUUCCAUGCGUUGCUGUUCAGAGAUUUUCCCAUAACAAACUAGUUUGUGUUUCUGUUUUGGCCAUUAGAGAACCCAUUGAUAUCGAUCAUCAUGUUAACCCAUAUAUGAAUUACAGAUGGCUGUACUUGCAAUGCAUAAUUUCGACAUCCCUUGAAGCAUUCAAGGGAUAAUAAACAAAAAGAAAGUCCCACAUA